GCCACGCCCACAAUAAUGGAAAUCAAUAAUGACACGUGAUUCACAAGCUUUAACUCAAUGCAAUCGUGGAAUAUAAGAUCUUCUUUUUUUACGUUCAGAUUAAAACCAUUGCUUCAUUCCCCAUAAAGCAUUGAAUGUCUUCUUAUGCUGGUAUCGGAGCGAAAAUGACUGAUCCAUGGCAGCAGUGUAUGGAUAUGUGUGCAGAGGUCACCAAACACGCUGGGGUGGUGAUCCGUGAGGCGCUCCAGAAUGACAUAACAGGGAUGCAGAAGAGCUCACCGACUGACCUGGUGAAGGAAACAGACCAGAGAGUGGAGGAGCUCAUUAUAAACGCCAUCAAGGAGGAAUACCCCACGCACAGGCACACACGUGUGAGAAUGGAAAAAGCAGCCAGCAAACGGAACAAGAGGUCACCCUCGUUUACCGCAGAGGAGAUGGUCGUAUUAAUGGACGAGGUCUGGCAGCACCGCGACGUGUUAUUUGGGCGAACAAAUAGCAAAAAAGACAUUGCAUUAAAGACCAGAGUUUGGCAGGCCAUAGCCAAAAAGAUGUCCCCCGCUAGUCCCUGUGGCCUGCGAGACUGGCGUUCUGUAAGAAAGAAGUGGCAGGAGUUCCAAAGCCAAACCAAAAAAAAAGGUGCAAAGGUGAAGCAAGAGAACAUGGACACGGAGGGUGGCGCACCUGUUGCUACAAUCCUCACCUCCGACGAGGAAAGAGUCCUUACCAUAAUCGCAGAGACGGCCUCUGAAAGCUUUAGUGGGGGCAUCGAUCUGCUGGGGGACGAGGGGCUCUCGGAAAACACAGAGGGCGAGGAGGAGCAGGAGAAGGAGCCAUCAGGGAGCAGAGCGACGGCAAACACGUCCCCAGCAGAGGACGAACCCGCACGAUCGAGCCCUGUCCCUGCAGCAGGGCCCUGUGUCCGUAUGCGGGGGGGCUUAACAUGGCGGCCCCCCGUAACGACCUGCACCUGCAGCGAGACGCUGGUGCGUCUCGAGAGGGAGAAGCUGGCGCUGUUGCGGGGGAUAGAGGGCCAACUGGAGAGACAGACUGCCUUCCAGGAGGAGAUGGUUCAGAUCAAACGCCAGAAGUUGGAGCUGCAACGGAGGCAGCUGGCACUUGCCGAAGCGCAGUUCAAACAUCCCUCCAUCUCGGUCCCAAUAAUCCCCCCCCGGGAUGGAGGUGAUGCAGAUGCAGACGCCCAGUAACGGUGCCAACGCUUUUUGUUUCUCUUAGUUUUUUUUAAUAAACUACUUUUCCUUUUUAACCCUAUGUUGUGUGGA